GUCGCAAUCAUGGCAUCUGAGUUUUCAGCUACGCCACGGAAAGAAGGCAACUGGACAAAAUUGGUUAUCUUCAUUGCGCUCUACGUACUACUUGUCCAGUCUAUCUUGGAAUGGGUGCUUGUGCUUUACCUUUACGGCAAUGGCCAGGUUGACGCAAAGAUGACUCCGAGUGUUGUGCUCGCAUUGGUGGCUUCGUUCCUUUCCAUACCGCUGGUCAGUCUACAGAGCCUGGUCGCCUGGCAGUACAACAAUAUUGGUGGAUUUGGGACCCAAAAGACUGUCUUGCACAAUGUGUGCACCUAUGUUUUCCGAUUGGAUCUGAUGCUUUGGCUUGCGACCAGUGUCGCUGGUCUAGUGGUCGCUGCGCAGCAGGUAUACUGCCUUCCGACAGGAACAGAUGCGACCUACUGGAGAGUUGGCGUGAGCUGUGCUUUCCACCGAGCAUCUGUCAUCGUAUCAGUGACUUCAAUGGUUACUGUGUGUACCAUGUACUGUGCAAGGGAGCUGUGCGAUCGGCCAUAUGAUGUUUCGCUUCUAGGCAUCUACAGGCGCCGGGAAGUCAAUCGUGACGGUAGCAUCAUCUCUGGAAAUAGCUGGGAUAGCGAAGAAACGCUCAAGAACGAAAUUCUCCAUUUAUGUCGCCAACAUGAUGGGAGUGGGACCGGGGACUUUUGGUCUCUUGACCCUAUUGCCAACAGGGUCAAUUGCCACCCCAGCAUCCGACACCCUGCCCCUGUUCGUCUGCGACCCCAGCUCCGUGUCAAUACCGAUCCCGGCUCGACCUAUGGUGAGAUUGUAUCCGGGACGACCAUUUCACCGGAGGACACCAUCUAUCGUAUCUCACCUGGAUCACAAAGCCUGGCUAGCGAGUUUUAUCCUAUCUCGCGUACUUCCACCGUAUUGACCACGCAAACUGCCAACGAAUUACGGGCUCUUCUAUCCGAUGCACCUGUUCCCAAAGUCCCUGCCAUUCCUAAGCAAUAUGCGGGUCACAAGAGGGGGAAGUCGUCACUUUCUUCUUUGCGACGAUUUCUUCCCAAGUCAUUCCCACUGUCGCUGCCACUGUCAUCGGAUCCUCAAAUUCGAGCUCUCGCAGACCCGAACACAGCUUCAGAUGUCGAAAAGCAAGUGGUAACGCCCAACAGUAUGCCAAGGGGCGUUUCUCAAUCCCCAACAUACGAGGUUGUUACAACCGGCACUCCAAACGCUUCUUCGAUAACCCUACUCCAAACUACCGACUCUUCGAACCAACCCAAGCCAGAAGGCGGCCACGUCCGAACAAUGACAAUGAACUCCGCCGACGCUCCAGAAGUAGUCCCAACAGAACCCGAAUCCCCACCGAAAGUGCGCCGCUCCCAAACAGCCUGUCCAAUGCCCUCAGCUCGUUCAAUCCACCACCCCCAUCAUCCCAACUUCACCCCAGGCCCACCCCCACCGCGCGCAUACUCGCAGUCCUCCAGAAAAUCCACUGGCCUUCAAAUGCACCCAGUGCCCCAGCCCCAGAACACAACCCACUACCCCCCAGCCCGCAGCACAACCUACCACUUCGACCCCUCUCACGCCCCCCGCCACACCCAAAGCCAGUACCAUCUCCACCAGCAAAGCCAGAGCCAGUACUUCCCCCAACCAAACCGCCGCUCAAGCCAACGCCGCUUCGAUCCAAGGCGCUCAAUGCAGCAGCCUCCCCGCCGCGACGACGUUGAAUUCAUCUACCCGAGUACCCGCCGUGCGCGCAGCAGCACCCACGGCGGACCCAGUGGCCCGCUCAGCUGUAUUCUUGAGACGGCGUCGGUCCACCGUGCAUCAGUCGACGAGCAUUGCCCUGUUUCGGCGGUUUUCUCCGAGUUGCCGUCCAAUCCGUCGAAUCUGAUUGAUCAGGCGACUUACCGUGGUGCCAACCGCACAAGUCUGGGCAUUUAUUCACCUACAUGA